AGAGGUUGUAUAGCUAGUAGUUAGUGUCAGUUACUGUGGCUAAGCUGCGAUGAAAGAAAAACUACUGAAGCAUGAUUAUGGAAGCCUCUUUCAUCCCUGGCAGAAUUUCAGUUGUGUAUUAAGUAGCAGAACAUAAUCUGUGUUUAUGCAUAUCCUUAAAAUGAAUAUUACUACCACUGCUCUUUGCUUAACGGAGAUUACUAUAAAUAUUCAGAUACAAUAACAAUUAUAUCUGUGCCAGUCAUUGUUAUAAUUGUUAUUUUUUGAAUAAAUUAGGUAAAACAGAGGAUAUAUAUUGAUCUUCUAAUAUUUGUGGAAUAUUUCCUGUUUGCUUUGCACUUGCCUGAACAAGAGCGAUGGUUCUGUCAAGAACGCAGAAGCAGAUAAGAUAGUGGUGGCUGAAUUUAGAUUUGACAGGAGCAGAGAGGAUGCAGCCAAGGCUGGAAUCCGCAGAGAUAGGGACAAACGGGCAGGAAGUGAGUUGCCUGUGGGGAAAUAUAUUUUAACAGAAAUGUGAACGUGUGUGAAUGUCCUUUGUUGACAGCUGUAACAAGAAAAAAAAAAAUCUACUUUUGGCAGAAAAAUGACACAGGAAAAAGGUGGGACACAUACUGUGAGACCAGUGAUGACAGAUGGAGAAGACCUGGCUUGUUAUCCAUGCACUUGUUUUCUCUUGUGUGUGUGCUCCUGCUCCGAUACAGAGUCUCGAGGAGCGGUGCGACCGGAUCCUGAGGAACAUGGAGGCUUCUCUCACGGCUCGUGAUCGUGUGGGCAUCCAAGAUUUUGUCCUUUUGGAUGCCUAUACCAGUGAGAGCGCCUUCCUGGACAACCUGAGAAAACGCUUCCAUGAGAAUCUAAUUUAUACAUACAUUGGUACUCUCCUGGUGUCAGUCAACCCUUAUAAAGAGUUAGACAUCUACAGCAAGAAGCAAAUGGACACCUACAUGGGAGUUAACUUCUUUGAGCUGCCGCCUCAUAUCUAUGCUUUGGCAGACAAUGUCUUCCGCACCAUGCAGUCUGAGUACAGCAACCACUUCAUCCUGAUCUCAGGGGAGAGUGGGGCUGGAAAGACAGAGGCCUCCAAGAAAAUCCUUCAAUUCUAUGCCGUUAGCUGUCCACGGACCAGACUCCUGAACAAUGUUCGAGACAGACUGCUUCUCUCCAAUCCCGUGCUUGAAGCUUUUGGAAAUGCCAAAACAUUGAAGAAUAACAAUUCAAGCCGGUUUGGAAAAUACAUGGACAUUCAGUUUGACCACCAGGGUGGGGCAGUUGGUGGUCACAUCCUCAGUUACCUACUAGAGAAGUCCCGUGUGGUCCACCAGAACCAUGGAGAGAGAAAUUUUCACAUUUUCUACCAGCUGGUGGAAGGAGGAGAGGAUGAGCUACUCCGAUGGCUCGGUCUGGAGAGAAACUGCAAGAACUAUCGUUACCUGGUGCAGGGCAGUUGUGCCAAAGUUAGCUCUAUCAACGAUAAAAGCGACUGGAGGACGGUGCGGAAAGCCCUUUCUGUUAUAGACUUCAGUGAGAGCGAAACUGAGCAACUUUUUGGAAUUAUUGCCAGUGUGCUCCACUUGGGAAACCUUGAGUUUGCAGCAGAUGCUCAAGGAUACGCCACUCUCAACAACAAUCAGCAGUUGCACUGGGUGUCAAAGUUGUUGGGGAUUCCCAAUAAGGUGCUACAAACGGGUUUAACCCACAGAAAGAUUGAAGCCAAAACAGAGGAGGUGCUGAGUCCCUUCUCUGUGGACCAUGCAGUCUAUGCCAGGGAUGCCCUUGCCAAAGCCAUCUAUGGUCGCACUUUUAAUUGGCUGGUCAGCAAGAUCAAUGAAUCUUUAGCUAACAUGGAUUCCUCCAGGAAGACAGUGAUUGGUCUGCUGGACAUCUACGGGUUUGAAGUCUUCAAUGUGAACAGUUUUGAACAGUUUUGCAUCAACUACUGCAACGAGAAGCUGCAGCAGCUCUUCAUCCAGCUGACCCUUAAGUCGGAGCAAGAGGAGUAUGAGAUGGAGGGGAUUGAAUGGGAACCUGUGCCAUAUUUCAACAACAAGAUAAUCUGCGAUCUUGUGGAGGAGAAGUUCAAAGGAAUCAUCUCUUUUUUGGAUGAGGAAUGUUUGCGCCCUGGAGAUGCAACGGACCUCACCUUCCUGCAAAAAAUGGAGGAAAAGAUUGCUGGUCAUCCUCAUUUUGUCACACAUAAACUUGCGGACCAAAAAAUGAGGAAAACUCUGGAAAGAGGAGACUUUCGCCUCUUACACUAUGCUGGGGAAGUUACAUACUGUGUUGUUGGAUUCUUGGACAAAAACAAUGAUCUCUUGUAUCGAAAUGGAAAAGAGGUCAUGCAGCAGUCCAAGAACGCUAUCAUCAAACACUGUUUUCCCGCCGAUGAGCCGGACAGCAAGAAGAGACCUGAAACAGUGGUGACCCAGUUUAAGAACAGCCUGGUCGGCUUGACUGAAAUCCUAACGUCCAAAGAACCUUGGUAUGUCCGCUGCAUUAAACCCAAUGAAGCCAAGCAGCCAGGACAAUUUGAUGAUGUGUUGGUGAGACAUCAGGUUAAGUACCUGGGGCUAAUGGAGCACCUGAGGGUCAGACGGGCUGGGUUUGCUUACCGCCGCAAAUAUGAGCUCUUUCUCCAGAGGUAUAAAGCCCUCUGUCCAGACACCUGGCCUAACUGGAAAGGCACUGCGGCAGAAGGUGUACGGUGUCUGAUCAAACACCUUGGCUAUAAACCUGAUGAGUACAAGAUGGGCAGAACAAAGAUUUUCAUUCGUCAUCCUCGAACUCUGUUUGCAACAGAGGAUGCCUUUCAGGUCUGCAAACAUAAGCUAGCAACAAGCAUUCAGGCCAAAUACAAAGGCUACAGAGUAAAAGAGGAGUUUCUGAAACAAAGAGAGGCUGCCACAAGGAUUGAAAACUGCUGGAGAGGUUUGAUGGCCAAGAGGGAGCGUGAGAGGAGAGCCUGGGCUGUCAAGGUCAUCAAGAAGUUCAUCAAAGGUUUCAUGACCAGAAAUCAACCAGCCUGCGUUGACAACAGCGAGUACCUGGCAUAUGUGAGGCAGAGCUACCUCACACGGUUGAACAAACACCUUCCUAAAACAGUCUUGCAGAAAGACGCUUGGCUAACCCCCCCGCCUAUAAUGAAAGAGGCUUCUUGGCUUUUGCAGAAGAUCUAUGUUCGCUACAUGGUACGGAAGUACAUCCGUGGAAUCACUCCUCAAAGAAAACUGCAGCUGCAGUUAAAACUGCAGACAAGCUCCAUGUUCAAAGGAAAAAAAGAAAACUACCCCAUCAGUGUGUGCAGGCCGUUUGUGGACACCAGGAUCACCUUGGAAGACAUAAACACCAAGAUCCUUCAGAUGAUACAUCAUGAGCACAUCAAGUACAGUGUGCCGGUGGUGAAGUACGACAGGAACGGGUUUAGGCCUCGUUUCCGGCAACUCAUCUUCACCCAGGAAGCCGCCUACCUGGUUGAAGAGACCAAGAUCAAGCAGCGGAUCGAUUAUACUUCUCUGAGAGGUGUGUCAGUCAGCAGCCUGAGCGACAACUUUCUCAUCCUUCACGUUACAUGUGAUGACAGCAAGCAAAAGGGGGAUCUGGUUCUGCAGUGUGAACAUUUGUUUGAGGCCUUGACGAAGCUCAGUGUCAUUGCAGACAAGCAGAAUUGCAUCAAAGUGGCUCAGGACAGUGUGCGAUUUGAUAUUCAGCCUGGCAGAGAGGGGUUCAUUGACUUCAAAAGUGGUCAAGAGUCCAUGGUCUACAGGGCAAAGAAUGGCCACUUGAUGGUGGAAUCAACAAGGGCUAAGUCUAGAUGAAGAUGCCAGUCACAUGGGAUAAUGGUGCUCCCACACAUCCUGGAGGUGCAAAUCUUGAAUAAACAGCCAUGCUCGCUCUGUAAUACAGCUCUGUGGCCGUUUUCAGUAACAUGCUUUUUUAUUUUUGAAUCUUUUAUGUCAAUGCUAUUCAAGAAAACACAAGCUUCCGUUGUAUAAGCACUGCCAAUACCUAAGUUGUCGAAAGUGUAAAUCCUCGCUGAGCCUAGACACAAGGCUGUUUGGAGUUAAAAUCAUUUUUAUGAACAAAUGUAUCCAAGGACAGAUUCAAGGAGAUAUUGUAUAAGCUCUUGUAAGUGUUUUUUUGUAUGCAUAUUUGCAGAUAUGGUCACAGUACAGACAUGUAUGUGUGUGAAACCUUGACUGUAACAUUUGUAACAGCUUAACCCUGCUGCACCUUUCUAUUAAAACAUGCUAAUCCAUAAGGAA